GCCUUUCGGAGAACCCGUUUGCGUGCGAUUGUCAUCUUUCCUGGUUGGCACGGUAUCUGAAGAAUGCAUCACGUCUGGCACCGUACACUCGGUGCCAUUCGCCCGGUCAGCUCAAGGGCCAGAAUGUGGCGGAUCUGCACGAGCAGGACUUCAAAUGUUCCGGCCUCACCGAGAACGCACCGAUGGAGUGUGGCGGUCGAAGCCUCUGUCCCCAUCCGUGCCGCUGUGCCGACGGAAUUGUCGACUGUCGGGAGAAAAGUCUUACCACCGUACCGUCCACGCUACCGGAGGACACAACUGAGCUCCGGCUCGAGCAGAACUACAUCACCGAAAUUCCACCGAAAGCGUUCGCUAACCACCGGCGCCUUAAGCGGAUAGACUUGUCAAAUAACAAUAUUUCGCGAGUCGCCUACGAUGCCUUCAGCGGGCUGAAGUCCUUAACGUCGCUGUAAGUAUGCGAAGACGCG